CGGUCUUGCGCGUUCAGGCUUGGCAAUGCCCGCGAGUUCCUAUUGGGUCUUGAACCCGGAAGAGAUGCUGUGGCGUCUCCUACGUGAGGCGCCUGCCGCGGUUCGGAAGUCGUCUGGCUUCCCAGCGAUAUCUCGCAGCUGGCUGGCUUCUCCCGAGCCUCACGUCGGACCCCGGCUCCUGGGCAGGGAAGCAGGAUGGAAAUUAAGGACCUCCAGGAGGAGUUGACCUGCUCCAUCUGCCUGGACUACUUCCGGGACCCGGUGUCCAUCGAGUGUGGCCACAAUUUCUGCCGCAGCUGCUUACACCGCAGCUGCGUGCCGGGCGGCGGCCCGUUCCCCUGCCCCGAAUGCCGGCACCCAUCGGCGCCCGCCGCCCUGCGACCCAACUGGGCCCUGGCCAGGCUGACGGAGAGGACGCAGCGCCGGCUCCAGGGCCCGGUGCCCCCCGGCCUUUGCGGCCGCCACUGGGAACCGCUGCGGCUCUUCUGCGAGGAUGACCAGCUGCCGGUGUGCCUGGUGUGCAGGGAGUCCCAGCAGCACCAGACCCACGUCAUGACACCCAUCGACGAAGCCGUCGAGAGCUACCGGGAGAAACUUCUUCAAUCUCAGCGUGAUCUUGGGGCCAAGAUGAAGAGAGUCUUGCAAUUACAGGAUGCAGAAGCAAAGAACGCUACACAGUGGAAGGAUAAGAUAAAGAGUCAGCGAAUGAGAAUCAGCGCGGAGUUUUCAAAGCUGCACAACUUCCUGGUGGAAGAAGAGGACCUGUUUCUUCAGAGACUGAGCAAAGAAGAAGAAGAGACAAAGACGAAGCUGAAUGAGAACAGGAUAAAACUCAAUCAAACAAUUGCUUCAUUGAAGAAGCUCAUCUUAGAGGUUGGGGAGAAGAGGCAGGCCUCCAGCCUGGAGAUGUUGCAGAAUCCGAAAGAUGUGUUGACCAGGAGUGAGAUCCAGGAUGUGAACUAUUCCCUUGAAGCUCCAAAGAUGAAAACAGUGUGUCAGAUACCAUUGAUGAAGGAAAUGCUAAAGCGAUUUCAAGUGGCUGUAAACCUAGCUGAAGACACAGCGCAUCCCAAACUCGUCUUCUCCCAGGAAGGGAGAUAUGUGAAAAAUGUAGCAUCAGCCAGUUCUUGGCCAGUGUUUUCUACAGCGUGGAACUUUGUCGCUGGAUGGAGGAAUCCUCAGAAGACCGCUCAUGUAGAGAAAUUUCAGCACUUACCCUGUGUUCUAGGGAAAAAUGUUUUCACCUCAGGGAAACAUUACUGGGAAAUUGAGAGAAGAGAUAGUCUGGAGGUUGCUGUUGGGGUGUGUCGGGAGGACGUCAUGGGAAUUACUGAUCGUUCAAAAAUGUCCCCAGAUGUGGGAAUCUGGGCAGUUUAUUGGAGUGCUGCUGGCUGCUGGCCCUUGACAGGCUUCCCUGGAAGUCCCACCCAGCAAGAGCCCGCUGUCCACCGGGUGGGGGUUUACCUGGAUCGUGGGACUGGGAAUGUCUCCUUCUACAGCGCUGUGGACGGAGUGCACCUGCACACGUUUUCUUGUUCUUCUGUCUCACGCCUCCGGCCAUUUUUUUGGUUGAGUCCAUUAGCAUCUUUAGUCAUUCCACCAGUGACUGAUGGGAAAUGAGGCUUUUCUUUUCAUUUUUUUUUUUUUUUUGAGACGGAGUUUCGCUCUA